AGAUUAUCCAUUUUACUGAAGAUGAUGAAGGUAUCAUCUAUAUGUCCCUUAUAAAGUUUAAACCCGUUGGUCGUUCUCCUUAGAUACGUGUUCUCUAGCGUUGACAAGAAUAAGUCUACAAGCAAUGAGCCCAGUAGCCAACCCAUAGUUAUGCUAUUAUUUGUCUGUAUAUUUCAUCAUUGAGGAAAAAUUAGACGUUCAAGGUGCAUCUCAACAACAGCUCCUUUAGAUAAUAUAUGGAGAUCCCAACAUUCAGUCCAUUAGAAUCAGUAUAGUCACAUAUGUAACAUAUUGUCUCAGUCAGUGGGACGCUUGUAAAUAAUGAGACCAUACUGCACAGCGUCUUUUGUUGUAUGACUUAAUAAGGAUUUUUAAACUAUUGAAUUCUUGUAAUGUUUGCCUUCAGCCUUGUAGGAAAUUUGGUUUAUUGUUAGUCUAUUUCGUGACCUCAAAUAUUGAAAUAUCCCAAUCCAAACAAAAAAACAAAGGAAAAUACACCAUUAUACGAUAAGCAACGUGUUCAUCAAUCUUCACGACGGCAGCAGUUGGUGGAAAGAAUGCAAAAAUUCACUGUAGCACGUUAUUAUCCUAAUCCAGAAAACCUUAACGGAUCAGAUGAAUCAUUAACACUAGAUGAGUCAAACGAUAAUGAUGAAGUUUCACAAAACAGUGCUGAUAUUAUUGACAAAGAACUCAAUUUCCCAUUGGAUUCACUGCCUAAAGGUAUAAGAAGGAAACAAGCAGAAAUAUUAGAAAGUAAAAGAUAUUUGGAUUUGGUGUCAAAUCGCCACGUUUUUCUAAACCACUGAAUAAUAUGACAGUCACACCAGCACCUGGCACCUAUGAGAAAUAUCAAGUAUACAAUACAAAUUCAAAGCUACCAAAAUGCAUGCAACCUUUUUCCAAAGCUCCACUGGUAAACCGUCAAUGUGGAGGAACUGUGGUUAAUAUUGGACCCGGUGGAUAUGACUGUGAUAAGUUUUAUAAAAAGUCCACUGUAGUCAAAUCAAAAGGACGUUUUGAUACAAGUAACGAGGCCCGUUGUCAACCAAUCAAAGUUGGCUAUAUGAUCAAACUGAUGAAUGCACAAAAUGGUCCAAGACAAACAAAUGUCAAGUCUAGCAUUGAUGAACUUUUAUCGUCAAAAUAUGCUAACAGAGGUAAAAUUUCGAAAACUGAACGUAUUACAGUAGAAGUGAAUAGUCAGCAUGAACUUUCACCGAAUUCUUACGAUCCAGUAGAUCCUAACAUGCAUAAAUCAGAGUUCAGAGUUAAAUCGGUGCCAUUUCUUUGCAAAACACCAAGGAUGACUAGAAAAGAAUACAAUAAUUUUAUACGAAAUGUGACUCCGUUUACUGGUCCUGGGAGAUAUCAUCUUGCUAAAUAUGAUACUUCAGAAGUAAAGAAACCUGAGUGUCAUUUCUACUUUUCAAAGUGUCCACGUAAUAUGACUCUGUCAGAGGAUAUAAAAUCUCAGAACAGUCUUCAUCCAAUUAACGUAUCAUCAAUGAGUUCGUGUGUGCAUCAUUUAUCCCAACACGUGAUUAUGAUAAACUUGUUGAUAAUUAUUUAAAAAUACAAUGAUCAAAUAUACAAAAAUACAGAAAACAAUCAACAAACAUCUUAACCAUCAUAUCUCUUUUCUUCUUGCAAACAUUGCAAGAAUAUAAAAGUAUGAAUAUGCUAUCAUUUAC